AUGACGCAACGAAUAAAACAGGAGGCAAAACUGGCCUUUGAGCAAAGAAGUCUUGUAGAGUUCACAGCACUGGCCAAGUUGAGUGAUACUUGCAUCCCUUUUCAGAUCGCUGACCCUGCGACCUGUGACCAGAUGUAUGAGAGCUUAGUCAGAAUCCACACCAACUACUACAAAAACAAGUAUCCACGCCUGAAAGAUACAACCUUCACUGGAGUGACAGUAGACGAUUGCAAGAUGAUCCUAGCAACAGACAUUCUGAAACAGAUGGAGGAAAUGAAAAAAGGGACAUGGAAAAAAUUGCGAGAAAGGUUUUAUGCCAAGAAAUCUGAAGAGGAUUCAAAGUGAUAGGCUAUCUCCCAGAUUCUCCACUGUAUAUAUUCCUAAAGCACUGUAUGCUGCCAUAAUGAAUAAAGCCAUUCAGUCCUCUUAGCAACAACA